GCGGGCGAGCCAGCCAGCCAGCGACGCGGGCCGCCCCUGCCGCCGCCGCGAUCGGACCAGCGGCCUCCUCCCCUCCGGUCCCCUCCCCCGCCUCGGCCUGCCGCGGGGAGGGGGCUAGCGUCGCCGCCUCCAGCUGCUCCUCAUGAAGCAGCUGCCGUCGCAGCCGCCACCGAAGAUGGGGGAUUUCUACGAUCCCGAGCACCCGACCCCUGAAGAAGAAGAAAAUGAGGCAAAGAUUGAAAAUGUGCAGAAAACAGGUUUCAUCAAAGGACCAAUGUUCAAAGGUGUUGCUUCUAGUCGAUUUUUGCCCAAAGGCACGAAGACAAAAGUUAAUUUGGAGGAACAAGGACGGCAGAAGGUGUCAUUCAGCUUCAGUCUUACAAAGAAAACUUUACAGAACAGGUUUCUCACUGCACUUAGCAAUGAAAAGCAGAGCGAUUCUCCAAACUCCCCAGCUAACCCUCUUCCAGUAGACUCAACCCCUAAAGUGAAAAUGGACCCAGGAGAUACUUUUCCUGCUACAGAAGAGUCUUCCCCACCAAAGUCAAGAGUGGAGUUGGGUAGAAUUCAUUUUAAGAAACAUCUGCUUCAUGUGACAUCCAGGCCACAGCCGGCUACAACUACAGCAGUAGCUACGUCUCCCCCUCCUCCUCCAACACAGUUACCAGCGGUCAUAGCAGAAUCAACUAUAGAUUCACCACCUUCAUCUCCACCUCCACCUCCUCCACCUCCCCAAGCCACAUCACCCUCACCACCAGCACCAAUAUCAGAGCCAGUGGUCUUACCACAUCCCCCAGUAACAGUACUAAUGACUGCACCAGUACCCUUAGCAGUGGAUAGAGCUCAGAAAGAAUCGCCUGUUAAAAGUGUGCCCGAAUCUUUAGAGGUGGAUAUGAAGCAGGAUAUUGUAUCUAAUAGUUUGGAAGAACACACAGUUCAAACUUUGAAGGAACAAGCAGAUAAUCCCCUGCAAAGAGAAGAUUCCCAUAUUGGGAAGGAAGACGAAGUUUCUGAUGGUUCUAAGAUAAGCCUCAGUUCUAAAAAAGCAAGUUCUAAGAAGAAAUCUUCACAAUUUGAAGGCACAUUGCUUGGUUCAGAAUCUGAUGAAGAUUCUGUACGGACUUCCUCCAGUCAAAGAUCACAUGACUUGAAAUCUUCAACAAGCAUUGAGAAGGAAAGAGAUUUUAAAAAGAGCUCAGUACCUUCAAAAAGUGAGGAUUUGGGGAAAUCAUCGCGAUCUAAAACAGAGAGAGAUGAUAAAUACUUUAGCUACACAAAACUUGAAAGAGAUACUCGGUAUGUAUCUUCCCGAUGUAGGUCCGAAAGGGACAGAAGGCGGAGCCGAUCUCGUUCUAGAUCUGACAGAGUCUCUAGAACUAGUUUGUCUUAUUCUCGGUCAGAGCGAUCUCAUUAUUACGAUUCUGAUCGGCGCUACCAUAGGAGUUCCCCUUACCGUGAAAGGACACGCUAUUCUCGGCCCUAUACAGAUAACAGGACACGGGAGAGCUCAGACUCUGAAGAUGAAUAUAAGAAGACAUAUCCAAGGCGCACCUCAUCCCAUUCCUACAGAGACCUAAGGACAUCAUCAUCUUACUCUAAAUUUGAUCGGGACUGUAAAACUGAGACUUCUUACUUAGAGAUGGAGAGAAGAGGAAAGUAUUCUUCAAAACCAGAAAGAGAAUCCAAGCGGACUUCAGAGCAUGAAGCCAUAAAAAGAUGUUGUUCUCCCCCGACUGAACUGGGAUUCCGUCGGGGGUCCUCCUAUUCCAAGCAUGAUAACAGUGCUUCCCGUUACAAAUCUGCCCUUUCAAAACCUGUAUCCAAGUCUGAUAAAUUUAAAAAUUCUUUCUGUUGUACAGAAUUAAAUGAGGAAAGCAAACAAUCUCAUUCUUUUAGUUUGCAGACUCCUUGUUCAAAAGGUAGUGAAUUAAGAACAAUUAAUAAAAUUCCUGAAAGAGAAAAGACUGGGUCUCCAUCUCCAUCAAAUCAAUUAAGUGAUUCACCUACUUUUAAAAAGCUAGAUGAAUCUCCUAUUCUUAAGCCUGAAUUUAUAGGACAUGAUAGCCAUGAUAGUAUUAAAGAAUUGGAGUCAUUAUCAAAAGUGAAAAAUGAUCAGUUAAGAGGUUUUUGUUCUAUUGAAUUAAAUAUAAAUGGAUCUCCAGAGACAGAAUCUGAUAUGGCAACAUUUUGUGCUUCUAAAACAGAUGCUAUUUCAAUGACUUUAGAUGAUAGUGUGACUGGAUCAGAGAUAUCUCCUUUGGUCAAAGCUUGCAUGCUUUCAUCAAAUGGAUUUCAGAAUAUUGGUAGAUGCAAAGAAAAAGACUCAGAUGAUUCCUAUAGGCAGCAUAAUAAGUCAAAAAGUCCAUUUAGGGAAACAGAACCUUUGUUGUCACCACACCAUGAUAAACUCAUGUCUUUGCCAGUUAAGACUAUAGAUUAUUCCAAAACAUUAAUUAAAGAACCAGUUGAUAAGAGACGUUCUUGCUGCAAAACCAAAGAUUCAGAUAGAUACUGUUCUCCAAAUGAGAACUCCGAAGCUGAAAAUAUUGAACCUUCAGUUAUGAAGAUUUCUUCAAAUAGCUUUAUGAAUGUGCAUUUGGAAUCAAAACCAGUUAUAUGUGAUAAUAGAGAGCCGACAGAUCAACACUCAAAAUUUGCAUGCGAUGAAUAUAAGCAGAGCAUCGGUAGCACUAGUUCAGCUUCACUUAACCAUUUUGAUGAUUUGUAUGGGUCUGUAGGGAGUUCAGGUAUUAUUUCAUCUCUUCAGAGUCUUCCGCCAGGAAUAAAAUGUGAAGGGAAUAUAUCUCCAGUUCUAGAUGCAGUGCAGAGUAAAAGAAGCACAGAGUUCUUAAAGUAUGCAGGGAAAGAAACAGAAGUGGGUAGUGCCCUUCCUGAUUCAGGAAAGGGAUUUGCUUCUUGGGAAAACAGGCAUAAUAAUGUAUUAUCUGGGCAGUCUUUGCAAGAGGCUCAAGAAGAGAAUUCCAUAUUGCAUGAAAGAAGAGGAAGACCAGAAAUCUUAGAUGAGGAAGGAAGAGGGCAUACACAUACUUCUGAUGACUCAGAGGUUGUAUUUUCUUACGAUUUGAACUUAACCAUGGAGGACAGUGACGGUAUAACUUACACCUUAAAAUGUGACAGUAGUGGUAAUGCUCCUGAAAUUAUAUCUACUAUCCAUGAAGAUUAUUCUGGAUCUUCUGGAAGUUCAAGUGACGAAAGUGAUUCAGAAGAUACAGAGUCUGAUGACAGCAGUAUUCCAAGAAACCGUCUCCAGUCUGUUGUGGUUGUGCCAAAGAAUUCUACUUUGCCCAUGGAAGAGACAAGUCCCUGUUCUUCUCGGAGCAGUCAUAGCUACCGACAUUACUCUGACCACUGGGAAGAAGAAAGAUUAGAGUCAAGGAGACAUGCAUAUGAGGAUAAGUUUGAGAGUAUGGCAAGUAAAAGCUGUCCUCAGACUGAAAAAUUCUUCCUUCAUAAAGGAACAGAGAGGAACCUAGAAACUUCUUAUUCACAGUUCAGCAGAAAAGUAGAUAAUCACCUGCCUGAAAUUGCUCAUUCUCAAAGUGAUGGGGUUGAUAGUACAAGUCAUACAGACUUGAAAUCUGACCCUCUAGGUCACCUGAAUUCAGAGGACACAGUAAGAACCAAAACAUCUAGGUCUCAAGAGCUACCAGUUUAUUCUUCUGAUGAUUUUGAAGAUAUCCCAAAUAAGUCUCGGCAACAGAUACUUUUCUCUAACAGACCAGAUAGUAGUAGACUAGGAAAAACAGAGCUAAACUUUUCUUCCGCUUGUGACAUUUCCCGUAUAGAUGGCUUGCACUCGUCAGAAGAGCUCAGAAACCUAGGAUGGGACUUCUCCCAACAAGAAAGGCCCACUACCACAUACCAGCAACCUGACAGCAGCUAUGGAGCCUGUGGUACACACAAGUAUCAACAAAGUGCUGAACAUUUCGGAGGGACCCAUAGUUACUGGCAAGGCAAUGGCUAUUGGGAUCCAAGAUCAGCAGGCAGACCUCCAGGAACUGGGGUUGCUUAUGAUCGAAUUCAGGGGCAGGUACCAGAUUCUUUAACAGAUGAUCGGGAAGAAGAGGAGAAUUGGGAUCAACGAAGUGGAUCACAAUUUUCAAGCCAGUCCAAUAAAUUUUUCUUCCAUCAAAAAGACAAGGGAUCAGUGCAAGCACCCGAAAUAAGCAGCAAUUCAAUUAAGGACUCUUUAGUUACAAAUGAAAGGAAAGAUUUUUCAAAAAACUUUGAAAAAAAUGACAUAAAAGAGAGAGGACCUCCUAAAAAACGGAGGCAAGAAUUAGAGAGUGAUUCUGAAAGUGAUGGGGAGCUGCAGGCUAGAAAGAAAGUCAGAGUGGAGAGUGAAGCAGGAGAGACAUCAGUGCCCCAGCACUCAGAGGAGCUGAUGGGGCCCUCCUGUGCUAUGGAUGACUUCAGGGACCCACAGCGGUGGAAAGAAUUUGCCAAGCUGGGGAAGAUGCCCUGCUACUUUGAUCUUAUUGAAGAAAAUGUUUAUUUAACAGAAAGAAAAAUGAAAGGAAACUCCAGGAAGCAGAAUUAUCUUUUAUCCAUUUCUCAUUUCAGCUCCUCUCGAUGUCCAAAUGGAGAUUAUUGUUCGAAUAGACGGUUUCAGAGAAAGCAGCAUGCAGAUGUAGAAGUUAUACUGACAGAAAAGAAAGGCUGGGGUUUAAGAGCUGCCAAGGAUCUUCCUUCGAAUACCUUUGUCCUGGAAUACUGUGGAGAGGUACUUGAUCAUAAAGAGUUUAAAGCCCGGGUGAAAGAAUAUGCACGGAACAAAAACAUCCACUACUAUUUCAUGGCCCUGAAAAAUGAUGAGAUAAUAGAUGCCACUCAAAAAGGGAAUUGCUCUCGUUUCAUGAAUCAUAGCUGUGAGCCAAACUGUGAAACCCAAAAAUGGACUGUGAAUGGACAACUGAGGGUUGGAUUUUUUACUACCAAACUAGUUCCUUCAGGCUCAGAGUUAACAUUCGACUAUCAAUUCCAAAGAUAUGGCAAAGAAGCCCAGAAAUGUUUCUGUGGGUCAGCCAACUGCCGGGGUUACUUGGGAGGAGAGAACCGAGUCAGCAUCCGAGCAGCAGGAGGGAAGAUGAAAAAGGAACGCUCUCGGAAGAAGGACUCGGUGGAUGGAGAGCUGGAAGCGCUGAUGGAAAAUGGUGAGGGCCUCUCUGAUAAAAAUCAGGUUCUUAGUUUAUCCCGGCUUAUGGUUAGAAUUGAAACUCUGGAACAGAAACUUACCUGUCUCAAGCUCAUUCAGAACACACACUCGCAGUCCUGCCUCAAGUCAUUUCUGGAACGUCAUGGGUUGUCAUUGCUGUGGAUCUGGAUGGCAGAGCUUGGUGAUGGCCGGGAAAGUAACCAGAAGCUUCAGGAAGAGAUCAUAAAGACUUUGGAGCAUUUGCCCAUUCCUACUAAAAAUAUGUUGGAAGAAAGCAAAGUACUUCCAAUUAUUCAACGUUGGUCUCAGACCAAGACUGCUGUCCCUCAGUUAAGUGAAGGCGAUGGAUAUUCUAGUGAGAAUACAUCACGUGCUCACACACCACUUAAUACGCCUGAUCCGUCUAUCAAGCUGAGCACAGAAGUGGAUACAGAGACUCCCAAGAAACUCAUGUUUCGCAGACUUAAAAUUAUCAGUGAAAAUAGCAUGGACAGUGCAAUCUCAGAUGUAACCAGUGAGCUAGAAUGCAAGGAUGGCAAGGAAGACCUUGAUCAAUUAGAAACUGUCACUGUAGAAGAAGAUGACGACUUGCAGUCACAACAACUCAUACCACAGCAGCUGUGUGAGCCCAAAGUUGAGAGCGAAACCACCAUCGAAGUCAGUAAAUUACCCACAUCCGAACCAGAGGCUGACACUGAGACAGAGCUCAAAGAAAGCAGUGGCACAAAACUGGAAGAAGCCAUUGCUGAGGAAACACCGUCCCAAGAUGAAGAGGAGGGCGUGUCUGAUGUUGAAAGUGAGAGAAGCCAAGAACCGCCAGAUAAAACAGUGGAUAUAAGUGAUUUGGCCACCAAGCUGCUAGACAGUUGGAAAGAUCUAAAGGAGGUGUAUCGAAUUCCAAAGAAAAGUCAAACCGAGAAGGAGAGCACAGUAACUGAACGAGGAAGGGAUGCUGCUGCCUUCAGAGAUCAAACCAUUCCAAAGACUCCUAACAGGUCAAGAGAGAGAGACCCGGACAAGUCAAUUCAGAAUAAAGAGAAAAGGAAACGAAGGGGCUCUCUCUCACCACCCUCUUCUGCCUAUGAACGGGGAACAAAAAGGCCGGAUGACAGAUAUGAUACACCAACUUCUAAAAAGAAAGUACGAAUUAAAGACCGGAAUAAACUUUCUACAGAGGAGCGCAGGAAGUUAUUUGAACAGGAGGUAGCACAGAGGGAGGCUCAGAAGCAACAGCAGCAGAUGCAAAACUUGGGGAUGACAUCACCACUACCCUUUGACUCUCUGGGUUAUAAUGCCUCUCAUCACCCCUUUGCUGGCUAUCCACCAGGUUAUCCCAUGCAAGCUUAUGUGGAUCCCAGCAACCCUAAUGCUGGAAAGGUGCUUCUGCCCACACCCAGCAUGGACCAUGUGUGUUCUCCCGCUCCUUAUGAGCAUGCUCAGCCUUUGGUAGGACAUUCUACAGAAUCCCUUGCUGCCCCUUCAUCAGUGCCAGUGGUGCCACAUGUGGCAACCUCUGUGGAAGUUUCCAGUUCACAGUAUGUGGCUCAGAAUGAAAGUGUGGUACACCAAGACUCCAAUGUUCCUGUAAUGCCAGUACAAGCUCCAGGCCCAGUCCAAGGACAGAAUUAUAGUGUUUGGGAUUCAAACCAACAAUCUGUCAGUGUACAACAACAGUACUCUCCUGCACAGUCUCAAGCAACCAUAUAUUAUCAAGGACAGACAUGUUCAACUGUCUAUGGUGUGACAUCUCCUUAUUCACAGACAACUCCGCCAAUUGUGCAGAGUUAUGCCCAGCCAAGUCUUCAGUAUAUCCAGGGACAGCAGAUUUUCACAGCUCAUCCACAAGGAGUGGUGGUACAGCCAACCUCAGCCGUGACUACAAUAGUUGCACCAGGGCAGCCUCAGUCCUUACAGCCACCUGAAAUGGUUGUAGCAAAUAAUCUACUGGAUCUGCCACCCCCUUCUCCUCCAAAACCAAAAACCAUUGUUUUACCUCCCAACUGGAAGACAGCCCGAGAUCCUGAAGGGAAGAUCUAUUACUACCAUGUAAUCACAAGGCAGACUCAGUGGGACCCUCCCACUUGGGAAAGCCCAGGAGAUGAUGCCAGCCUAGAGCAUGAAGCUGAGAUGGACCUGGGAACCCCAACAUACGAUGAAAACCCCAUGAAGACAUCAAAAAAGCCCAAGACGGCGGAAGCAGACACCUCCAGUGAACUAGCAAAGAAAAGCAAAGAAGUAUUCAGAAAAGAGAUGUCUCAGUUCAUUGUCCAGUGCCUGAAUCCUUACCGGAAACCUGACUGCAAGGUGGGCAGAAUCACCACGACUGAAGAUUUCAAACACCUUGCUCGAAAGCUGACUCAUGGAGUUAUGAAUAAGGAGCUGAAGUACUGUAAGAACCCCGAGGACCUGGAGUGCAAUGAGAAUGUGAAACACAAAACCAAGGAGUACAUUAAGAAGUACAUGCAGAAGUUUGGGGCUGUUUACAAACCUAAGGAGGACACUGAAUUAGAGUGACUCGCAGGGCAGAGUGAGAAGUGUGAGCAGAAAGGAUGAAUCCUGUGGCUUCUGCCCUACCCCAUGGCCAGGCCUGCACUACUGGUGUGAUGACCCAUCAUCCUGAGCAGUUCAAACCUUGAAGGUGUCAACUGUAAGCCACAAAAAUGAGCUCUGUCUACAAGUGACGCCUAGCUGUGAGCUGCUGGGAUGUAACAGUUCCGGCCAUCGGAGGCAGUAGCCGAGGGAAGACCGUGGCCACACCCGACCCCGUUCUCAAAUCUGGGUCUCCCCCUUGGCGGUGCUGUCAGCGCACAGACCCAUGCGCACCCUCCCCCAAGACCCUUACCCUGAUGAUCUGUAUUAUAUUUUAAUGUAUAUGUGAAUAUAUUGAAAAGAAUUUGUUUGUUUUUCCUGGUUUUUGUUCAGUUUUUGUUUGCUGUUAGCCUCUAUGUGCUAGAAUCAUGGGAAGACUUUGUAAGGACAGUAUAAAUUCUCCUGCAAGGUUUAAUUUGUUAUCAUGUAAAUAUUCCAAAGCAGGCUGCCUUGUGGUUUUGGCCAGCCUUGUGCUAUGUUGAUAAGAUUGAUUUACUGCUUAAGAUCACUUUACUUUAUCCAAUUUUUACUGAACUUUUUAUGUAAAAAAUAAAAUCAAUUAAAGAACUUGCAA